AUGCCAUCGUUUUCGGAUAGUUUCUGGUCGGACGAUCUGUCAUCGGGGCUAAAUGUCCUUUUUGCUCAGCUGGAGAAAGGGUGCGAUGAGAACGAAUCAUUUAUCCAGUUGUUCGCUUCGAGAAUGCAAUAUGAGGUCAGUUAUGGGAGGCAAUUGUGCGCCGUCAAGGGCGGUAUUGACGUGGCUAGUGACUCCAUGGAUACCUCUACGGCUGCUUCGCUUUUGGAACUGAUCAAGCAGAUGGAGCUGGAAGGCGACCAACAUCUCACAGUGGCAUCAAAUAUUGAAGCAUUAGUAUUGAAACCGUUUAGCUCUUGGUGCCAGGAUCAUAAGGAGAGGAUCACGUACUCCCAGAGAAUUUUACUGGACAAUAUCAGAAACUUCCAAAAGAUAAACAGCUACGUCCAGAAACUGGAAUCGCAGUAUUUCAAGAAUUGUAAAAGGCUCGAGGAUUUCAAAAGAGUCCAAUUCAGAGACACUGGUUCCUUGGAUCGCGCUAUGAAGCAUUUGAAAUUGCAAAAACAGCACGAGGUAAAUAUGAAAAAGGAAAAGGACAAUCAGGUGUUCGGAACGGUCGGCAACAUCGAAUUCGAUUUCAAAACAAUGAAGGAUAUAAUCAGAUUGCUCCUGACAAAAUUGCCCAAGGAGGAGUACAAGUUACCUCUCAUUAGUUAUCAGUUACAAAACACAAACAAUGGGUAUGAUAUUACCAAGUUUCUGCUCGAGCACAUGUCCUUGAAGGAUUCGGAUCAGGCAGAAAUUUUUGGACAGGAUCUACUGAAUCUGGGAUUUUUGAAGUACUGUAAUGGUAUGGGGAAUACUUUUGUGAAUUCAAAAAAAUUUCAGUACCAAUGGAAGGACUAUUCCUUCAAGUUUGUGGAGCUCCCGUUAAACCAGGGGGAGUCCCCCUCAGAACCACAACAACCAAAAUUUACCACGCCAACGAAGGAAAAGUCCUCCUCUUCUCUAAUUAAUAGUUCCACGGUAUUGCCGGGGAAUGUUUUGGAACCUCCAAGCAUAUCUGAAAAUGAAAGGCAACUAUUCAAGCUUAUGGACGAAGUACAGGAGUCCGAUUCCAAAUAUUUCAAGGAAUGUUACAAGAUGGAUUCGUUGCGUUGUUCUAUCGAGGAGUUGAUGAUAGACCAUCUAUCGUUCAUGGAGAAAUGUGAAUUAGAUCGAUUGAAGGCCGUCAAAAAGUCCACUAUGGAUUUCUGCGCCGCUGUGAGUAACAAAAUUUCCAUACUGAAAGUUCACAUUGAAAAGAUGAUUGACGCAGAGGAAAGGAUAGACCCUGACGGUGACUUGUUAAAUCUAAUAGCAAAGUACAACACGGGACUGUUCCAACCAAAGGUUAUCACAUACAACAAUUACUUCAAUCCUGGAAUAUAUCAGAAUUUUGGUAUUGACUUGGAGACCCGCUGCCGACUCGAUAAAAAAGUGGUUCCUAUAGUUAUAACCACUUUGUUAUCCUACAUGGAUAAAAUAUACCCCGAGCUGCCCAGCGAUCAGGUACGUGUUUCUACUUGGACGGAUCCAGUUAAGCUGAGUCUGACUCAUGAAUUGAGAAGCCAGUUAAACAAACCUCGGCUUGAAGAUGAUGCAGAGAUGUUGUCUAUCUUAGAGGAGGGCAAAUACUCGCCAAGUGUCAUUGCCAGCGUCCUGAAAAUAUAUCUGUUGGAAUUGCCUGAACCGCUGAUCCCGAGCGAAUUGAGCGAUAUACUGAGGGUAUUGUACGGUCGGUACUGGUCAGAUGACAACGGUAAUGGCAAUUCAAAGGAUCUGGAGAGGAAUGAGGACAAAAGAAUUACAGGAUUAUAUACCACUCUGUCCUCCUUACGGAAACCGCACCUUGCCACUUUGGGCGCGAUAACAACACACUUCUAUCGACUAAUCAAGAUCAUCAAGAUGGCCAAACCGAAAGAGAACGAUACAGAGAAGGGCCCAUCCGAGGACCCAAAUUUGGUGUCUCCAGCUGAGUUUACCAAUAAUAUCUCAAAAGAGUUCGCCAACAGUAUAGUCCACGCUCGGGUGUACAGUGACAACGAAUUGGGGUUCCAAAUAUUCCACGAUCUGUUGACCCACAAGCGCAGAAUAUUUGGGGAAUUGAAGAAGCUGGUAUCUUCUGACUAG